AGCUAGGUUAUAAUUAUAUAGGGGUUGGGGACCUUAAUCAAUCACUAGUCAUUCAUCCCCUCUUUCUCCCUCUCUCUCUCUUUCUAUACUAUCUAUCUCAUUUUCUUUUUCCUUUUUAUCACAGCAAAACUUUUGCUAGGGUUUCUGUGAUUGAACCUGUAUGUAUUUACUUCCUUGAGAGUUGAGAUAACAAAAGAUUCCUUGUUUCCUUCCAAGAAUACUAUUUAUUUUUGUCAGUUCAUUCAUUCAGAUCUCAUUUAUUUAUCAGAAUGGUGAGAGGAAAAACUCAAAUGAAGAGAAUUGAAAAUGAGUCAAAUAGACAAGUAACUUUUUCGAAGAGAAGAAAUGGGUUGCUUAAAAAGGCUUUUGAACUUUCAGUUCUUUGUGAUGCUGAAGUAGCACUCAUCGUUUUCUCUACCACAGGGAAACUCUAUGAGUUUUCAAGUACUUCAAGUAUAAACAAAACAGUGGAACGCUAUCAAAGUAAAGUCAAAGACUUGGCUCUCGGCAUCAUAGGACUCCAAGAAAAUACACAGCACCAAAAGGAAUGUGAUAUCAACUCGACAAAGAAGUUGGAGAACUUGGAACUUUCAAAAAGGAAGCUAUUGGGAGAUGAAUUGGAUACAUGUGCUAUUGAUGAAUUGCAAAAGAUUGAAAAUCAACUUGAACGCAGCUUAAGCAAAAUUAGGGCAAGAAAGGAUCAACUGUUCAAGGAACAACUUGAAAAGCUAAGAGAAAAGGAAAGGGACUUACUUGAAGAAAAUAGACGCUUAUGCGAGCAGUAUGGAAUUGAACAAGAUGGUUGUCUAAGUAAACAGCAAGAUAUCGAACAUGUAACGGAGAGUCUGGAAGGCGAGGAGGAGGUGGAGACGGAGUUGUUCAUAGGGCGACCUGAGAAACGAAUGAAUUGAGAGCUGACAAUAGCAACAUAAGAAGAUGCAUAUAAUAUGUAAGAAAGCAGAAUCUAACAUUGAAAGUUAAUUGUUGUCAAAAAAAAAAAAAAACAUUGAAAGUUAAUAAUGUCCGUGUAUAGGACCAUAUAAAUAGACUUUAAUUCACAUGUUACGUCAGUGGAAAGUAUUCUUACACGAACGGUCAAAUAAGAAUUGGUUGUUUUUCCACAUAUACAAUUAAAGUGGGGUGUAGUGAGAUGAUUUGACGGAAUACAUGAUUGGUAUUGAAUGACACUGUAAAAUUAGUGCAUCUUCUUUUUCUCAUAAA